AUGUCAGACCCGUCUGUACCCCUCGUAAGGGGAAAGACGAAUCACAAGUUGAAAGGCAAUUCACUGCUAUAUAGCGUCUCGGUAUUUCUCAGUAUAGGAGUGUGGCUAUUUGGAUAUGAUCAAGGUGUCAUGUCAGGUAUAAUCACAGGACCGUACUUCAAAGCGUACUUCAAUCAACCUACAGCAGGGAAAGUGGGAAAUAUGGUAGCAGUACUGGAAAUAGGAGCAUUUGUGACAUCACUAGCAGCGGCACAUCUAGCCGAUAACUACGGAAGGAGAAUGACAUUACGAACGGGUGCUUUUGUAUUCACUAUCGGAGGUGCCAUACAGACGUGGUGCAUCGGCUUCAAAACGAUGCUAGUGGGUCGAGUGAUCAGUGGAUUUGGAGUGGGGAUGUUGAGUAUGGUAGUGCCUAUCUAUCAGUCUGAAAUUUCACCUGCGAGUCAUAGAGGUUUGUUAGGUUCAGUGGAAUUUACAGGAAACAUCAUUGGAUACGCUUCUUCAGUUUGGAUAGAUUACGGUUGUUCAUACCUCCAAUCCGACCUAUCGUGGAGAAUUCCCCUAUUCGUUCAGUGCUUGGGAGGGGCGAUCUUGGGAAUAGGAUCAUUCAUCGCUCCUGAAUCGCCUCGAUAUCUCAUCGAUACAGACCAAGAUGUAGAAGGUUUGGCGGUAAUAGCUGAUUUCCAGGGAAAGGAAUUGGAUGCACAUUCGGUACAAGAGGAAUAUAAGGAGAUCAGAGAUGCUGUACUUGCCGAUCGAGCUGUUGGGGAUCGAACUUAUAAAGCCUUGUGGAGAAGAUAUAAAGGACGAGUAUUGAUUGCCAUGAGUAGUCAGAUGUUUGCUCAACUUAACGGUAUCAAUGUCAUCUCAUAUUAUGCUCAGGCUGGAUGGAUCGGUCGAGAUGCCAUUCUGAUGACUGGUAUUAAUGCAAUGUUCUAUAUCGCAAGUUCUCUACCUCCAUGGUUCCUGAUGGACCGGGCUGGUCGACGACCUAUUCUGCUUACCGGAGCAGUCGCCAUGGCUAUAGCUCUUACAGCUACUGGAUGGUGGAUCUAUAUUGAUCAAGCUAUCACCCCGAACGCAGUCGUAAUUUGUGUCGUUAUAUAUAACGCUGCAUUCGGAAUGAGUUGGGGACCUGUACCUUGGCUCUAUCCUCCCGAGAUCAUGCCUUUACCAUUCAGAGCUAAGGGAGUCUCUCUGUCAACGGCUACGAACUGGUUAUUUAAUUACUGGGUCGGUGUCUCUACACCUGUAUUCCAAGAACUCAUUGGAUGGCGAUUGUACCCUAUGCACGCAUUCUUCUGUGCACUUUCCUUCGUACUGGUUUACUUCCUGUACCCCGAGACUCGUGGUGUACCAUUGGAAGAGAUGAACUUGUUGUUCCAAGAUGAACCUGAUCUCGACGAUGACGAAGAUGACGAGGAUGGAUCAGAUAACGAUGAUGAGGAAGAUGGCUCAGCGGGAUCAGGAUCAGAAACCUCUUCUCUAGUAGGAGGAAGCGAUCGACGAAGACGGUUCUCUGAUGGGUCGACAUUACCGAUAAGCAACAAAUCUACUGCUGACCAGAGAACGGGAUUCUUCGGUAAGAUCCUAGACUCGGUCGAAGGCGUGUUUGGAGGUGGGAACAGUAGGAGAAGAGGGCUCAAUGCUAGAGGUAAACCCAUACGUAAAUCUCGAAUAUCAAAAGGUAAAGACAAAAACAAAAACCAAAUGAAGAGGAAUCCGGUCGAUCUGGAAGCUGCAAGAGAAUUUGAAUUUGAAAGUUUACCUGAUUUACCUGAACAUGAUAUUGAUAUUGAUCAUAGUGAAGGUGAAGAUGAUAUUGGAGAUGUGGAAUUACAUCCUUCUAAAAUAGGAGGUGUAGAGUUGUCCAGAAGGAAUACCAAUAGCGUUGAACCUCGAUAA